AUACCGGUGUGGGUAUAUAGCCUUCCUUCCUUCUUCCAUGCCAUAAUAAUAACGCCAUCUGAGCGUCCGCCAUUACUGCUGCAACCAACAAAGCAAAGCAGAAACAGAGCAUAUACCCAGCCAACUGCACAGUUCAAGAAGAAGAAGAAGAAGGAAGAAGAAGAAGAAGAUGACAGCAGAGAGAGAGAAAGGGCAUGUUCUGCUGAGAGGAGGAAGAAGGAAGAGAUACAGCCAUGGCCUGUCAUCAUCUCAGAAACAAGUUCUGGCUGCCAUGGCUGAAGCUCUCAUACCUCCUCAACCUCAUCAUCAUGCAGAUGGUGAUGAUGAUCCUAACAAAUCUCUCUCUUCCUACUAUGCCUCUUCUGCCUCUCAUCCUCCCUUCCCUGAUGAGGCAGCAGAGUUAGUAGUGAGGAGGUUCUUAAGACUAGGAGUGCUUAUAUUCAAAUCGGUUCUGGCCAUUCUAUCAACCAGACUGGGCACUCUUUUGCUCUGUGGGUUUGCUUGUCUUGAUACAAGAUGGCCUUUCAUUCACAAAUUCCCCGAAUUGCCCUUGAACCGCAGAGAAGCCCUUCUCCAGAAAUGGUCGAGGGAAACUCUCUUUACGCCCCUGCGUACCGCCUUCAUGCUCGUCAAGAUUGCCUGCUGUUACGUCUUCUUCUCUUGGACUAAUGAAAAUUCAUAUAAUCCACAUUGGGAAGCAAUCGGUUACCAUCCACACGCCAACGAAGAAAAAGAAAAGGAAGGGGAAGAAGAAGGGGAAGCUCUCUCUAGACAACAGCACAUGGAGAGGCCAUUAGAUAAGGGUCUCAUCGAAACUGCGAAAGAAAACGAAAAGACAAGCUUGAAAGAAUCACUGAUCAAGAAAGGCAUAUAUGCCGCCGAAGGCCAGAAUUCGGACACGCUCACGGUGAGAUGCGACGUGGUGAUAGUCGGUUCCGGCUGCGGCGGCGGGGUGGCGGCGGCCAUCCUUUCAAAAGCAGGCCUGAAAGUUGUGGUCCUUGAGAAAGGUCAAUACUUUGUGCCGGAAGACUAUUCAGGAAUCGAGGAACCUUCCAUCGGCGAACUGUACGAGUCCGGUGGAAUGUUAACCACCACAGAUGGGAAAAUUUUGGUUGCGGCGGGAAGGACGGUGGGAGGCGGCUCUGCGAUAAACUGGGCGGCAGCUAUCAGGACUCCGGACUAUGUCCUGGAAGAUUGGUUUCUGGAACAAAAGAUUCCCCUGUUUGGAAGCUCGGAGUAUCAGUCCGCCAUGGAUGUUGUCUGUGAAAGGAUGGGCGUCACCCAGGUUUGCUGCAAAGAAGGGCUCCAGAAUCAAGCUCUCAGAAGAGGGUGUGAGAAACUGGGGUUAAAGGUCGAUUAUGUCCCCAGAAACUCUUCAGAGAAACAUUACUGUGGUUCUUGCGGUUACGGCUGCAGGACUGGGGACAAGAAGGGAGUCGACGCGACCUGGUUGGUUGAUGCCGUUAACAAUGGCGCCGUUAUCUUGACAGGCUGUCGAGCUGAGAGGUUCAUAUUGGAAGAUAUGGAAGGAAAGAAGCGAAAAAAGUGUGUGGGAGUGAUUGCAGCGACAGGUGGUGGCAGACAGAAGCUAACAAUUUUAGCAAGGGCGACGGUUUCAGCUUGUGGGUCCCUCUCGACGCCGCCUCUGCUUAUUUCUAGUGGGCUGAGGAACAAGAACAUCGGGUCCCACCUCCAUCUCCACCCGGUGCUCUUUGCGUGGGGAUACUUCCCGGAGUCCACGUCGGAAAUGGAGGGGAAGUGCCACGAGGGAGGGAUCAUCACCUCCAUCCACAAGGUAGUUUCCAAAGAAGAAGGCAAAAAAGAGCCACAGGCCAUCAUAGAAGCAGCUGCCGUGGGACCAUCAGCAUUUGCGGCUAUGUUCCCGUGGACCAAGGGGGCCGAGGUGAAGGAGAGGAUGAGGAAAUACUCCCGGACGGUCUCCCUGUUCUCGCUGGUCCGGGACGUGGGGUCCGGCCAGGUGAAGAAGGGGCGCCAGAUAAAAUACACCCUAGCUCAGCAAGACAAAGACAACAUAGCAGCCGGCCUGAAACAGGCCCUGAGGAUUCUCGUCGCAGCGGGGGCGGCAGAAGUCGGGACCUUCCGGAGCGACGGGCAGAGGAUGAGCUGCGGCAGUGGCGGCGACAAGCCAGAAGAACUGGAUAGGUUCUUGGACGGGGUGUACACAGCCGGCGGGGUGAUGGAGGUGGGAGACAAGAACUGGACGUUGUAUUCUUCGGCACAUCAGAUGGGGAGUUGCCGGAUGGGGGCGAACGAGGAGGACGGGGCGGUGGACGGCAACGGCGAAUGCUGGGAGGCCAAGGGACUGUAUGUGUGUGAUGGAAGUGUGCUUCCCAGUGCAGUUGGUGUGAAUCCAAUGAUCACCAUCUUGUCAACUGCAUAUUGCAUCUCAAACAGAAUAGCCAAGUCACUUGGUGUUAGAGGAGGAGGCUAGGGUAAAAGCAUAUCUUUAGAUGCUUUCUAUUUCUAGUUCCUUGUUUCAAUAAUAAAGUGUACCCUUUACUUGAUACACCUCCCCCCUCCCAAAAUUCAGCUUCGAAUCUGAUUUUUAUGGUCAGAGUUUGUAAGAUUUGACCAUUAAUUUGAAUUAAAAGUACAUUAAUGUGAUUUGAUAUUGUUUUGGAAUGUAUUUUCAAGUAUCAUAGGUUCAUAAUGUUUAUUUAUGUAGCACUAUAUGUAGAGAUAACAACUGGGUUGUUGUUGUAAUGGUGAACUUCUAGCAUAUAAAAAAAACAAAAAUCUAGUGCUUUU